AAGAAGUUGGUAAGUGCUUACUUUUCUGUGAGGUGAGGGAAAAUGAGAAAACCUUUCAAGGAAAAAGGCUACUAAACUACAACCUUCACUAAUAAUAUCAUAGUCCAAAUGACAAAGGGGUGUCAUGUGUAUGAUCCAAUAUGAAAAUGUCCCUACACAUUUUCUCAUCAAAACUUAGCUACCCACACUUCUUUCCAUGUCUCCCUAUUAAUUACCCUUCUUUCAGUUCUUUCUCUCCCUCAUUAGCCUUUCCCUUAACCUUAUUUAAAUGGCCAUACAACUAGAAUGGUUUUCCCCAACAGGAUCACAUUAACCUCAGUGCCUCAAACCUCUCUCCAACACCAACAUCAAUGGCAACAAGAUCUUUGGUCUUGACCUUGUUUCUGGGGAUGGCUUGUUCCAUUGUAAUUGGUUCAUAUGAGGAGAUUUUGCCUCCUAGGACAAUUUAUAGUGGCAACUAUCACGAAGCAAUAAGAAGACUUCAGUCAUUUAAGACCUCUCUAACCAGACAUGAUUCCAUUGCUUCAGCACCAUCUUCUAUAUCACCCUCCUUUAGUCCUUCUCCUUCUCCCUCUCCGGAUGUGGACAAGCCACGUGUAUACAGUGUGACAUCUUAUGGUGCAGAUCCAACGGGUAAUUCAGACAGCACUGAAGCAUUCCUUGAAGCCAUAGCAGAUGCAGUUAAAGGACCAAGUAAAGGAUAUUUGAUUCAAGGCAUAAGAGACCUUGGAGGUCCCCAGAUUAAUCUUGAGGGUGGAAAUUACUUGAUCAGCCAGUCACUGAAGUUGCCCUCAGGAGUAGGAAACCUUAUGAUACAUGGGGGAACUAUAAGAGCCUCAGAUAGUUUUCCAUCAGAUGGCUAUCUCAUUGAUUUGUCAACCUCUUUCAAUGGAGGAGACAAAUCAUCCUACAAUUUUGAGUUCAUAACUCUCAAGGACCUCUUGUUGGAUUCAAGCUUCAGGGGUGGAGGCAUUUCAGUCAUAAACUCACUUAGGAUCAACAUAGACAACUGUUACAUCACACAUUUCACCACCAAUGGAAUUUUAGUCCAAAGUGGUCAUGAAACCUACAUUAGGAACACUUUCCUUGGUCAGCACAUAACUGCAGGUGGGGACAAACAUGAGAGAGACUUCUCAGGCACAGGAAUAAACCUCCAGGGAAAUGACAAUGUUGUCACAGAUGUUGUAAUUUUCUCUGCUGAAGUUGGAAUAAUGGUAACUGGUGAGGCCAAUUCUUUUUCUGGUGUACAUUGUUACAAUAAGGCCACUGGCUUUGGUGGCACUGGAAUUUACUUGAAACUACCAGGUUUGACACAAACCUGGAUUGUGAAUUCUUACAUGGAUUUCACUAGCAUUGUGGCAGAAGACCCGGUUCAACUUCAUAUCUCUAGCAGUUUCUUCCUUGGUGAUGCCAACAUUGUCCUAAAGUCCAAAAAUGGGGUGGUGAAUGGUGUUAAUAUUGUUGAUAACAUGUUCUCAGGUUCAAAUCAUGGGGUUGAGAUUGUUCAGCUGGACCAAUCAAAUGGUCCUUUCCAACAAAUUGAUCAAGUUAUUGUUGACAGAAACAUUGCAAGGGGGAUGAAUAUAAAGGCCACAGUAGCAAAAAAAUCCAUGCAAGGGAAUGGAACCUCAUGGACCGUUGAUUUUAACAAUGUUUUGCUUUUUCCUAACCUUAUAAAAAAUGUUCAGUACUCUUUAAGCUCCACAGGUAGCACCUUCCCCAAUCAUGCUCUAAGGAACGUGUCUGAGAAUCGUGUUGUGAUUGAAACAAAUGAAGCAGUGGAUGCCAAUGUUUUUGUCACGGUGGAUCAAAGUGGGGCAAGUUGAAGAAGGUUUGAAGGUGGUGGCCAAAAAGUUUGGUCUAGAUUCUUGACUCAAGAGGGAAUUGUGCAUACCUUGGUUGUGAGCUAUAUUUAUUUCUUUGGACCGACAUAAUUAAACCAUAGUCCCGUAUACUAAACAUUGCUAUAGAUUUAGAAGAUUUAGGUUGACUGAACCACACAGUAUACGGUAAUAGAAUGAAAUGGAACCGAUAGAUGACAUACUUUUUCCAGUUUGUUUAUAUAAAACUGAGUGAAAUUUAAUAUAGGAACUUCACACGAACAAGUUGUUGUAGAAUUUGCCGACAACACUAUCAAAUGAGUUUCCGUUCAAAGGGAAUACUAGCCUAUCGGAGGUUCCAUACCUUUUGUAAUACUUCAUUUUUAUAACAUAAGUUUCCAAUAUUAAUAAAAUGAUUAACCAGAUCCAUGAGGUCAUUGAGGUGGAUUAAUUAAUCAGUAUACGGUUAGUAAUUUGCCGUUCUUCAAAUGUCAAAAUGAAGAUG